GACCGGCACCGGCACCGGCUGGGGGACAGGAUGUGUGACAGGAACGGCGGGCGGCGGCUGCGGCAGUGGCUGAUCGAGCAGAUCGACAGCGAGCUCUACGCCGGCCUCAUCUGGGAGAACGAGGAGAAAUCCAUGUUCCGCAUCCCCUGGAAGCACGCCGGCAAGCAGGAUUACAACCAGGAGGUGGACGCUUCUAUUUUCAAGGCCUGGGCUGUUUUCAAAGGCAAGUUCAAGGAGGGCGACAAAGCCGAGCCGGCCACGUGGAAGACGCGGCUCCGCUGCGCCCUGAACAAGAGCCCUGACUUUGAGGAGGUGACAGACAGGUCCCAGCUGGACAUCUCCGAGCCCUACAAGGUCUACAGGAUCGUGCCAGAGGAGGAGCAGAAGUGCAAAGCAGGGGUGGCCAGCGGGAGCAGCCUGAAUGAUGUCACCGAGAUGGACUGCAGCUCCUCUGCCAUCGACGAGCUCAUCAAGGAGCCCUCCUGUGUGGAUGAGUACCUGGGCAUCAUCAAGAGGAGCCCCUCACCCCCCCAGGAGACCUGCAGGAACCCCCCAAUACCCGACUGGUGGGUGCAGCAGCCCAGCCCUGCAUUGCCCCUGAUGAAUGGAUACUCCAGCUACGAGCAGUAUCACUCAGGUUAUUCCCAGAUGGUGAUCAGCUUCUACUACAGCGGGAGGCUGGUGGGCCACGUCAGCACCUCGUGCUCUGAGGGCUGCAGGAUCUCCCUGGGGCAGCCCUCGGGCCACGGGGAGAAGCUCUACGCCCCCGAUGCCCUGGAGCACGUGCGGUUCCCCUCGGCCGACGCCAUCCAGAACGACCGCCAGAAGCAGAUCACCAGGAAGCUCUUUGGGCACCUGGAGAGGGGUGUCCUCCUGCACAGCAACAAGCAGGGCAUCUUCAUCAAGAGGCUGUGCCAGGGCAGGGUCUUCUGGAGUGGCAACACCAUGGCCUACAAGGACAGGCCCAACAAACUGGACCGGGAGGACGUGGUGAAGAUCUUUGACACCAACUUGUUCUUCCGAGAGCUGCAGCAGUACUACAACAACCAGGGCCGCUUCCCAGACAGCAGGGUCAUGCUGUGCUUCGGGGAGGAGUUCCCAGAUGCCAUGCCCCUGAGGUGUAAACUCAUCCUUGUCCAGGUGGAGCAGCUGUACCUGAGGCAGGUGGUGGACGAGGCUGGGAAGAGCUGCAGCUCCAGCCCCAUGCUGCCCAUGGCAGAGGAGCCCCAGCACGACCAGGGCUACCGGAUCUUCCAGGACAUCUGCACCACGCGGCCGCUCUUCCGAGAGAACCAGCAGAUUGCAGUCUGA